AUGUCAGUGUCUGCGGCUUCAACUUCAAAUGCGAACAGCAGUAGUAACGAGCCAGUAACAACUAGUAACAAUGCACCAGCUGCUGCUCAAGAAAAUCCAUCAGCAUCUGAUGAAAAGGUGUCUCAAACAGAUUUAAUUGAUAAUCAGACUGGUGUAUCUCAGAAUGGCACGGAAGCUCUGUCAGAACAACAGGUUGAGGAUCUUGAUAAUGAUGACAGUGGUGCAGCAGAUGGUACGACAUCAGCUAACAGCUGGGAAUCUCCCCGUCAGGAAUUGCAGGAAGCCAUCAACGGUGUAGUUCAGCCUCGUGUGAUUCCACCACCAGGUAAACCCACACGAUAUACGAAUCAGUUGGAUUUUAUGCUAAAAGAAGUUUUAAAACCGGCAAUGAGGCACAAACAUGCUUGGCCAUUCAUGAAACCUGUAGAUGCUGUGCGAUUAGGCCUACCGGACUAUCAUAAAGUGAUCAAGCGACCUAUGGACAUGAAUACCAUUGAAAAACGCCUGCGCAAUUGUUAUUAUUAUUCGGCAAAAGACUGCAUGCAAGUAAGCUUGUGUCAUUUAAUUUUAAGCAGUGUGUGUAUUUUAAGCCUUACGAAUUUUCCUAAAUAUCUAAGCGCGGUUCUCUUUGUUCAGGACAUAAUGACAAUGUUCAACAAUUGCUACACGUACAACCCUCCUGAGUAUGGGGUUUAUAUGAUGGCGAAGAAUCUGGAACAGUAUAUUCUCACCAGACUCGCAACGAUGCCCCCUGAAGAUUUUGAGUCCAUUUUUUCCAACUGCUACAAAUUCAACCAAAAUGAAGACGAUGUGUCACUUAUGUGCAAGAAUGUGGAAAAUUUGUACAGGGAAAAAAUGAAACUUCUUCCGUCACAGGAAGUGGAAAUUCCGCGUCCAACGACUAAACGGGCUGCAGGCAAGUCGAAAAAGUCUGUUGGUCGUAUUCCAGUUAUAAAAGGAGGUAGCCGUGAAUCAUCUGUUUCCGUCCAGCGUGGAGCAGCAGACAGCUCGUCAAUUUUAGAUGCUUCUGCAGAUGGAAGUAUUCAUACAUCCGCUACAGCUUCUGUUGAUGAUGUUCAUCCAACUUCGUCUCAAGCACCUGUACAGCCUGUUCUUCCAUCAAAGGUUCAGAAAGGUGUUAAAAGGAAAGCUGAUACUACAACAUCAUUUGGUGAUGACGUAGUGAGCGCAAAAGUUGCAACACGUCGUGAGUCCGGUCGACCUCCGAAGAAACCUAACUAUUUUGUUGACUAUAACCAGUUGAAACCACGUUUUAAAGGAAAGCAGACAGAACAGAUGAAAUUUUGUCAACGGCUUAUAAACGAACUAUUUACAAAGAAAUGCAAGUCCUUCACUUGGCCAUUUCUCGAGCCCGUUGACGUUGAAGGUCUAAAGUUGGAUGAUUAUUAUGAAAUAAUUAAGAAUCCGAUGGACUUGGGAACAAUUAAGAGGAAGUUGGAUGCGAAGCAGUAUGCCACGCCGGAUGAAUUACGAGCAGACGUCAUGUUGGUAUGUGAAAAUUGUUACAAGUACAAUCCAUCAACUGAUCCUAUCCAUCAGCAUGGAAGAGCUCUGCAGAAAUAUUUCGAGGAUAAGUGGCAUCAGAUGCCUGAGGAACUUGCUCUAGUUGAAGAAGGAACAGCAGCGGUAUUUUCGGCAUCAACUGCAGUAGCAUCAGCUGCAGCACCUAUGAGUCAAAUCACACCACCGACUACGGCUGCUUCACUAACAAUUAAGGAUGAUUCAGUCAUAUCGGGUCUUCCUUUAGUCCCACUUGAUGUUUCCUCUGGUGUUAUUGAUAGUGAUGAACACAUUGAUCUCAUUCUUCUUGCUUUGCAAUCAGAAACUGCCAAAUGUCAAGAAAAAAUAUCAGAGCUGCAAAGACAUUCUCAGGAAAUUCUGUCUCUAAGAUUGAAGCGAAGAGAGGCUCAGGCAAAUCAUUUACCAGUGCCUGUACUUUCUGCGGCCACUGUUGGUACCUUACAGUCUUUGGUUUCCACGCAGUUCUCUUUCUUUACGUCAAGUCCACCUACAUUUAUGAAGCCAUCAGGGGGAUACCCUACGAGCAGCGGAUCCACUUCAUUACGUAAAAAGCCCGGUCGUCCGGCAAAAGUUUACCAGCAGCAGCAGCAGCAGCAGCAAAUAACAACAUUUUCGAACGUACCGCGUGCUAGUGCUGUUACUGUUGAAACUUCUCUUGAAGACCAGGAACUAAAGAAUGAAUUAGUCUCACCUUUGAACAAAGCCCAUCAAAGACAAGUCCAAAAUCCAGUACUUGUUGCUACCACCACUGCUGGUCUGCGUGAACCUCCAGCUGUCUCACCUCAAGGAGCAUCUCAGAAGUCUUCAGAACCGAUUGCCCAGGCUUCAGUUACUCGCAAACGUGGUCGACAACCAGGUUCUAAAAACAAGCCAAAAAUUGAUGUCUCUCAACCAGUUGUACAAGUAGCAGAUGCUCCACCGCGUCAAUCUGGAAUGAAAUAUGCUCGUGAAGAAUAUGAUUUCGAUUCAGAAGAUGAACGCACUGCAGAGCCAAUGAGUUAUGAUGAAAAAAGACAACUUUCACUGGACAUCAAUAAACUGCCUGGUGAUAAGCUCAGCAGUGUUGUUAGUAUUAUUGAAUCGAGAGAACAGCUUCCUGGAUUCAAUCCUGAAGAAAUUGAAAUCGAUUUUGAAACCCUCAAAGCAACAACACUGCGAGAAUUAGAAGCAUUUGUUGCUGCUUGUUUGAAAAAGAAACCGAGAAAGCCAUACACACCGAAAUCGCAAAAAGAAGUGGAAAUCAAAAAGAGAGAACUAGAAGAAAAAAUUAAAGGUUUAGGAGGAGUAAUAACCUCUUCUCCCGUAAUCAACAUAUCGUACAAAUUUUCUCAAGAUUUGUUUUCAGCAGCAAAUGGAGCACGGGCAAGACCUAAAACGACGGGUAAUGAGGAUGAUGCUUCGUCUUCAGAAUCCACUACCACCGAAGAUGAUGAUGACACAACAUCUGGAUCGUCAUCUUCGGAUUCUACGGAUAGUGAAUCAGGUUAG